ACAGCUACGAGAGAUUCAUGGUUGCCAAUACCACGAUAAUAUUUGCAGUGAUGGUAUGCUGGUUCGUGUGGAAUAGGGUGUUUUGGCCGGCAUGGUUGGGCAGCACAGAAUCGGGCAUUGAUACCAUGGCGCAGUGGCUUGUGGCCAAGAUACUCCCCAAGGCAGUACCUCUUCCGCGCGGGUCAUACUCUACUAUGGAUGGCGAUAAACCCUCCAAACCGAUGAAUUGGGACAUCCCACCUGCUGGGGUGGAGUCGGGACUGGAGGCAGCUAAAGCCGACUGGGCGCAAAGAGUCAGCUCGCGAAUGGCCUCCUCCGGCAUGGCACCGUCUAGUCGAUUCCCAUCAUCCACGGGGGUCCCACGGUCUAGAGACGUGUCGUUAGAGAGCAGAAGGGUAGAGGGCUCCCUGCAGAGUGUGCCUCAAACGAGAGAGACGUCGACCGAAAGGCGGUAAGCUGGUUUCUUAAUUAAUCUCACGGACUGGGUUGUUAGAAAACACGCGCACUGUUAAACACAAUUGCAAU